GCUGCUGAGCAGCAGUGUCCAGCGGGGAGCGCGAGGGCGAGGGCGUAGGGGCAGGUGGGGCGCCGCCUCCCCAAGGGCGGGGCAGAGAGCUGGGGCUGCGGACUCCGCGCUCCCGGCGCUGGGCGCACUCAACGCCGCACGUCUGGUCGAGCGGGUGGCGGCGCGGCGGGACCACCCGGCGACGCCGCCGCCGCCUCCGCCUCCGCCUCCGCUGUCGCCUCUGUGGAGCACUCCGGAGUCCGCGGCCGAGAGAGGUCGGCUGAACCCAGCGCGGACUCAACUGUGCUUCCUGCUCGGCAGCCUCCAGCCUCCCAAACGCUUAGUGUUUCCACUUGAUGUCAUCGCGCAGAAGCGGGUGAAAGGGACUCGAUGAGAGAUUCAGAAAUGAGCACACCUGAGCAUCCUGGAUGCCUCUGAGCUCAUCGAUCGCCUCGUGACUCUGGAAAGGCUCGACAAAGGAAGGUGCCAGAGCGGUGGCCUCUGAGAACAAGCUUCUUCCUCUUGGCCUUGCCUUCCCUGCUCCCAGUUCACGAUGGAGACGAUCUCCCAAGAUUCUUUGCUGGAAUGUCAGAUCUGUUUCAAUUAUUACAGCCCCCGGCGCAGGCCCAAGUUGCUGGAUUGCAAACACACCUGCUGCUCCGUGUGCCUUCAGCAGAUGAGGACAAGCCAGAAGGAUGUGAGGUGCCCGUGGUGCCGGGGCAUCACCAAGCUGCCUGCAGGCUUCUCCGUGUCGCAGCUCCCCGACGACCCGGAGGUCCUCGCCAUCAUUGCCAUCCCACACGCCUCUGAGCACACCCCGGUCUUCAUCAAACUUCCCAGCAAUGGGUGCUACAUGCUGCCCCUGCCCAUCUCCAAGGAGCGAGCGCCGCUGCCCGGAGACUCAGGCUGCCGCCUGCUGCCUGGGAACCAGCAGAAGUCUGUUACCGUGGUGACCAUCCCGGCAGAGCAGCAGCCUCUGCAGGGAGGGCCCCCCCAGGAGGAGGCUGCCGAGGUGGCACCACCGGUGGUGGAGGAGGAGCCGGGCAGGCGUGGCGUGGCAAAGAGCUCCACCUGGUCUGGGGUGUGCACUGUGAUCUUGGUGGCCUGCGUCCUGGUCUUCCUUCUGGGCAUUGUGCUCCACAACAUGUCUUGCAUUUCUAAGCGUUUCACUGUGAUAUCCUGUGGCUGAAGAGGGCAGCAGGGAGGUCUCUCGCGGGUGCCGACCAGGGCUUGAGCAGGUGUUGGUGACUGGACCGAGGGGAGAUGGUGGGGGCGACGCUGAUCGUUUGGUGCCGAGGGCCGGCCUCCGGGCUGCCGCUUGAUGAACCCAAAGCAGAGGACAGAAUGCGAGGUCUCCACGAGAGGCCAGGCAGACCACUCUGAGCAUUGAUGGCAGCAGCUUUGAAGACGAUUGCAUGCAUCCUCAUAGUCACUUAUUAAAUGGACUGCAAUUUAUGAUUUUCCAAAGCCACGUGGCAAGAUAAACAUAUUCUAACUUGGACAUGACUCUGCGCAAGUGCACACAAUGUGGUCUUCUCUGAGUGUGGUAGAUUAAACCGCAGAUGCUAUGUACAGAUGCUAGAGAGUAGAAUUAACCCUAGGAACCCAUGGACAAGUUCAGCAAUGACACCGGCGCUGGUUCCUUUCCUUUUUUUACAGUGAAACCCAGUCUUCCUUCAAUUGCCAAGGCCCUUUAUACCUUUUGAAUGGCACCCCAAUCAUGAUAAGUUCAGCGGACCAUCAUUUUUUUUGAAGGAAAUAUUUGAAUAAGUGUUUCCGAAGUGUCGUCUUUUGUCAACGCGCCUUCAUUUUUCUUCCCGUGGAAUGAGAGCCGGGCCCGUGUUUCUUAAAUGGAGGAAGCCCACCCGGGGAGCAGUGGACUGAGUAAUGAGGAGACAUGCCUCAUCCUAUAGGAGAACUCUUUGCCAAUUUUUCUCAAGCCAUCUCACAAAACCAGAAUUUUAAAUGUAAAUAUUGUGCAUCGGUAUGUGUGUGGUGUGUAUGUGUAAUUUGAUUUGCCUCAGGUUUUGGAUCUCGUCAGGAGAAUCCCAGUAGGAAGGUUUGGUGGGUGUCAGCGAGUCCAGGGUCUGAAAUGGUCACCUCCUGGGCACUGGGACCCACCGGUGAGGUGUUACGACGCACUUGUCACUUCCAACACUUGCUCCUCUUCUGUGUUGCAGUCCAGCCCCGUGUUGUGUAAGGCACAAAUGGAGAGGAACAGGGCCUUACCUUUUCUCCCAGUUUGGGGUAUUGAAAUGGCCGUGAAUGUCGUUACCCGGGGACAUAGCUGGACUGGCAUUCCAGUCGGCAGCCCGUGGUUAUUUUUUUGAAAGGUAUUAUUGUCCCAUGAGAGAAUCAUUCUGAACCAUUCAGAAUCCCAGUUUCCUCUUGUUGUAGAAGUAAGACUAUUUCUUGUAUUUUGACAUGUUUUUGUUGGGAGAAGUGGCAAGGUAAACCAACAGCUCACAUUCUCAAUUUAAACGGACCAGUUCCUCCUAAAUUCUCAAAUAUGCUUCAGUAUGCAAUGGUCUUUGGAUGCUCACGAAGAAGGAUCUGCUAGUAUUAAGUGAUAAAUUGCUAUGCCCGGAAGUGUGUGCAUGCAGAAAUAGCUGUGAGCUUUAUGGCUCUUUUCUAAUUUCUUUCAUGGAAUUCCUGGAGCAAGUGCUAUAUGACAAAGACUCCUCACAAAUACGGAUGUUUAUGUUUCAUUUAAUCCAUGCAGCUGGGGGAGGGCAAGAUCAGCAGUAACUAGUUCCAAAAAGCAAGGCUUAGAAAUAACCCUGUGUGAUAGAGACAAUUUAAUUUACUUACAUGCUAACUAUUACCUUCAAGCAGCACAAAAUAUGCACAUUAAACUGAUGGAAAUUGUGUUAGAUAAAAUGACAGUAGAAUAACUGGAAUCCAAAGCUAACGCUGUUCAUUGGUGUGGGAAUUCAAUAUACAAAUGUGAGCUCGGGUCUUUCAAAUCUUUCAAAUUUUUUUUUUUCUGCAGACCUUUAGGAAACGUAUUUGAAAGCUCAAGCUAGAAAUUAGGUUAAAAUGCCAUUUUACUAUGUAAGCUAUUGGACAUUAUACAACAAAUCUAGGAUUUAUUUGCUAUUAAUAAUUUAGGUAUCAUAUUAGCUGAAUGCUGUCCUCUAUUACGUAACAUAAUAUACUGUUGGGUUAGUGUCAAUUUCUCAGACUCAACCAGGCUGCUGUAAUGCACGUCUGACCUCAUUUCUCUUCCUCUUGGGGAAAAAAACCAACAAAACACAGGAUUGUUGCAUUAAGAACCCUGCUUUUCUAAUGGACUUUACCCCUGCAAUUUUCAGCCAUGCCACGUUCCAGUUCGUUGUGUAAAUGCUAUCUGCAUAUGUUUAUGUACAGUAGGAAAUGACCGGCUGUGUAGCGUAGUAUUUGAUAAGACUUCUCUGUGUUAAGUAGGUUACACACAGACACUAACAUGUAUGACAGUCCAGUGCCCUUUGUUUCUUAGUGUAAAAAUACUGAGUAAAAACAUUCACGUAACUUCUCCUUCAAAGCAAUCUGAUGCCAGAACUGCAGUUAAGCAGCGGAAAAUUAAUCAGCUCUACGGUAGAUUUUUGACUUUACAACCUAGAGUAACAAUAAUGACCAAAUCAGAAUUUUCUGUGCGAGUGUUACUGACAUAAGAAAUAGUGUUUGAGUGAAUUCUGCCCACAGUUACUUGUGCACCUGUUUGUUAGGGUGUGCACUUGUGUGUGUUUGUGUGUGUGUGUGUGUGUGAUGUCUCAGUCCGCCUGAUAGAGUUUUUGUAGACUCGAUGUUUACCAUUGCUCCGGCCUCUCCUGGCAGUCACCCAUGACACUGAUAACUCAUCUACCCCAUGUGACCAAAGUCCAGUGACACAAUCGGCCGGAAUUUACAGUUGCACAUCAGUGAAAAAAAACACAACAGAAAGCACAGAAAGUGAGAGCUGGAAGCAACCUCCGGGGCCUUCGUUUUGAGGACAAACCCACCGAGGCCCACAGAGUUGCGGAGUCACGUGGCAGCUUGGAAUUCAGUAGCAAAGGGAGAGGAGAACUUUGCGCUGCGGCUUCCUCUUCUUCCCAAGCCUGUCGACCCCCCUGGGCACUGGAUGAACUUUUCCAGGGUGGAUGAAUACCCUUCAUGGACUCAACUCUUGCUUUAAAGUUUUUCUUUUGUAGAUUUAUAUAUUCAUUUUUUAGUUAGCAUCUACCUCUCUGGGAAAUCAAAGGAGGGUUGAUUUAGGGGUGAGUAUAGACUUUUAAAGAAAACCAUGUGAUUUGAAUUUUUUACUUGCAAACCAUUGGCCCCCCAACCCCUCCGCCUUCUUUGUAAAGGACAAUGAGUGUUAUGUAAAUAGUACACUAUAAGAAGCAUGAAUUUUUGUUUUUAUUAAUGAUCUUGACAUUAGCCAGAGAAGGCUUACUGUGUUCAGUAGAGCCAGGUAGGCUAUCAAAAUGCAUUGUCUUUGGAAAAUUUCUGUACAGCUACCCAAGGCAUAAGUUGGGAUGAAAAGCAAAUCCGUUAUCAGUUCUCAUCAUACUGUGUGAUCAGAAAGCUCUCAAGUAUACUCUUUAAAUAUAUAGUUAAGUUUUACUCUUCUGCACGACUGAAGAGUGGAUCCCCUGGAAGUCAGACCAUGGGGGUGCAGCCCUCGGGGCUGUCCAGGUUGGUGCGGCUCAGUCAAACUUUCUGUGAUCAUGGAAGUACGAUGUAACCUGUGUGGUCCCGUAUCAGGCAGUCGAAACGAGGUUAGUUUGCCUGAGUAACAGGAUUUUGUAUUUUAUUAUUUUAAUGUAUUUUAAGUUAUUUAAAUGUAGUCACUCAUGGUUAGUGGCCAACACAUUGGCCAGCACAGUUCUGGAUGGUUGUGCAAUGGUGUCUAGCAUCGAAGUAUUGGGAGUAACAGAGUAAGGCUAAGAAGACAGAUUGUGGUUUAAUAGUAACAUGCAGUUGGCUAAAAAAAAAAAGAAAAGGAAAAAAGAAAA